AUGUCAGUAGAAAGUAAUCCUUGGAAAGAAUCCGAGGUAACACCAACCCAAUCACCACAGAAAUCAAGUACUUCCUCCUCCACUUCAUCUACAUCAACCACCACCACGUCUACACCAAUAAAAAAGUCGAGUGCUCCAGGUAAUGGGGAGCUACGUCCGUUGAGAUUGGCUAGACAUAGAGAUAGACUAUCAUCCACUUCCAUUUUGUCAACUAGUCCCUCUGGUACUCCAACAACGACAACAUCUUUUUCUCCUGAUAGACGACCAAGUGCCACAAAUGCAACCACCAGCACCACCACUACAGAAGAUGGGUUUCAAUGUCGCCCUAUAAGACUAGGGUCUCAUAAAAACGUAUCUACCGAUGAAGUAAGGAAACCAGAAGCCGAUACCACUCCACCGACUGCAGUAGCAAGGAAAAAGUCAAUACAGAUUAGGAAUUUACCAAUUAAGCGAAAUAGUGAAUCAAGUACACAUUCGCUAGUCUCGGUGAAAAGUGGCAACAAUAGUGAUCACAAUACUGAUAAGGAUGACGAUAUGGUAUUUGCAAUGUGUGUGGUUGAUUUCCAUCAUCAACGAGGUCCCGAAAUACAAUGGUGGAGAUCAAAUUAUCAUCCUACAUACACACCAGAUUUAUUUCGCAAUAUACCAUUUCAAGCACUACCCGAUGGGUCUCACUUAUUUGAAGAAACGUUUCUGAACUUCAAUCUUGUUUAUGAUUUUGAUCAAGGCAGAUCAAUUGAUGAUUUUGACGCAUUGAAUGAGUUUCAAGGUGAUCCUCGACAUUUGAAAACCUUGUUUGGAUGUUCAUGUGUGAGGCAGGUGCGAACUAGUGAAUUGUCGGCUGAAGAACGAGAAAGAAAUAAAGAUAUUACUCGAUCUAUCGUACAGAAAGCAGUGGUUGUCAUUGUACGGAAACAACCAAUCUUUACCAAAAUUAAAGAGAAAUUGUCCAUCAUCACAAAGAGCUAUUUUUUGCAAGAAAGUCUCAAUAAUACAGAAGUGUUGGACCAUUUGUUCGACAAUUUGAAUAGUCAGUUUAAGCUUGUCGAUAAUGAACUCCACGUUGAUCUCGAACAGGAAGAAGAAUACUAUGUCAAUUUGGAUCUACGAUCGUCAAUAUUGAAAUUUAAAACCAAUUUCAUGAUCAUUUUCAAAGCAUUAUUACUUGAGAAAAAGAUUCUUAUCUACUCCACUGACAAUCUAGAGAGUCUAGCUCAAUUUCAAAACAAUUUAAUUUCAUUAAUACCCAACCUUAUAAACAAUUUAGACGAUUCAGGAUGUCCCCUCAUUGAUUACAUUGAAACAAAUGGACCAUUACAGAAACCACAAUCAUUAAUAUCCAAUAGUCGAGCAUCAAUGUUGAGAUUUUUCGGACUUCCCUUGCAAAUAUUCAACACAAAAAACUCGUUUUGGAAUCCAUAUGUACCAUUGCAACAAUUGAGCGAAUUAAAAGUGGAUUCAUUCAUGAUUGGGUGCUCCAAUUUAUUAUUUGUCAAUCAAGCUACACUAUAUGGAGUUGAUUUAUUGAUCAAUUUGGACACCAAUGAAGUCACUUACCCGAAGACCUUAUCCACGCCAGAGUUUUUGACAUUGACACACCAAGAUAAAAAAUUUAUCCAUCAUUUAAUCAGUACAAUUCACCCUGAUUCUAAGGAUUACAUUGGCAAUGACGAUUACAUUCGCUAUCAAUUUGAAGAUUACUUAAACUCGUUACUAUCAGUGAUGAGGUAUCAUCAAUACGCCACACGGUUCCAUCUACCGCCACCAGGAUUCGCCUCCGAUCAUCCAACCGAGGGCGAUAUUCACGAUUUCAAUAAAUGCUACAUACAAACAUGGGAAAAGACGGAAAAUUUCAACAUUUGGCAUGCAAUGGCUGACGAAUUCAUUUUUAAUUUUAUCGACCCAAGUCAUGUUGGCCAUUCUUUGAAACAACCGGGCUCAAUUAAUAAAAACAUUGCUAAUUUUUUCAAUUCCUUUGCAUUUAAGGCCACCGCAGCUACACCAGCACCAGCUGCAGCUUCAAUGACAGCUUCAACAGACGAACCAAAAGCACACAAGUUUAUUGUUGAGGAUACAGCAAAGAAAGAAAAUAAUGACGAUGAAUUAGUUGCUGGAUUUGAAAAAGUGGGUGUUUCCCAUAGUGAUGCUGCUACUGACCCCAAGCCCAAGCCUAGCUGGACAAGUGGGUGGUUCAAAAAGAGAUGA